AAGUUCUGAUUUGAAAAUGAGUGGGAAACUAUACAUAGCAGUUAUUUCUUUCAUUGCUGAAAUUGCUCACUGGUCUCCUGUCUCAUGUGACCACCUUCUCAGAGCCGUCUGGGCAGUCAGCUGGUUGUGCCUGGCUGUCCCCUGUAGAUCUGCCGUGCGCUCACAGCAGCAGCAGCAGCAGCAGCAGCAGCAGCAGCAUAGAUUAGUCUGGACUCAUCAUGCUGCGCCAUUCCCACUGUAACUGCGUGCGGCUUUUAACCUAUUAAUAUAGGUUUUGCAGUUUGCCAUGUGGUCCUUUUUGGCUCUGGACAAUGAAUAACACCACCGGCUUGGCGCUGGUUGGAGCGGGCAGCCGGGAAGACCCGCCGGCGCACAGAGCUCUCACCGGAUGCGUCCUGGUGCUGCUAAUCAUUUGGACGCUCGUGGGCAACAUGACCGUGUGCGCGGCCGUGUAUCGCUACCGCCACCUGCGCGCCAAGGUGACCAACAUCUUCAUCGUGUCCCUGGCUCUGUCGGAUCUCCUGGUAGCGGUGCUGGUGAUGCCGUGGAAAGCCGCAGCUGAAGUAGCCGGCUUCUGGCCGUUCGGCGACUUCUGUAAGACAUGGCUGGCCUGCGACAUCAUGUGCUCCACGGCCUCCAUCCUCAACCUGUGCAUGAUCAGCGUGGACCGAUACUGGGCAAUCUCCAGCCCGUUUUGCUACGAGCGCAGCAUGAACAAGAGGGUGGCCUUCGUGAUGAUCGGGGCGACGUGGACAGUGUCCGUCGUGAUCUCCUUUGUUCCCGUGCAGCUGGACUGGCACCGGGCUGAAAUCAGUGACCCCGGCGGGCGCGUGAUUCCACGCCUGGAGAGCACCGAGGGGAGCUGUGACUCGAGUCUGAGCCGCACUUACGCAAUCUCUUCCUCCCUUAUCAGCUUCUACAUCCCCGUUGUGAUCAUGAUCGUCACCUACACCCGGAUUUACCGGAUUGCCCAGACGCAGAUCCGGGUAAUAUCUUCCUUGGAGCGCGCGGCGGAGCACGCCCAGAGCUGCCGGUCACACGUGCCCGAGCUGUUCCCGCACAUGUGCACAGACAUCGGUGCCAGCUCCUACCAGUCCCGCAUCAGCAUCCACCCUGAUUCCCAGUGCCCCAAUCAGUCACACCGGGAGCUCAGAGUCUCCAUCAGGAAAGAGACCAAAGUGCUGAAGACUCUGAGCAUCAUAAUGGGAGUUUUUGUUUGCUGCUGGCUGCCCUUCUUCAUCCUGAACUGCGCUCUACCCUUUUGCCCCGGACCAGGGGCCCCUGGAGCCCACCGCGGCCCCUGCUGUGUCAGCGAGAAAACCUUCGAUGUGUUUGUGUGGAUCGGGUGGAGUAACUCCUCCCUAAAUCCGGUUAUUUAUGCGUUCAACGCAGACUUUAGAGACGCCUUCCUUCGCCUGUUGCGCUGCCGCGGAGGAGGCUUUCUGUCGGCGGUGAGUACAGCGGUGGAGACCAUGCUGACGAACAACGAGGCCAGGCAGCAGAGGCGAGACAGCACCCUGAAGGCAAAGUUGAGCGUGUCCACGAACACGCGGGGGAGUCAGGACAGCGGAAACACCACGGUGGCCGUGUUUUAUCACGGAGGGGCCACGAUGGAACAAGGGACGGACACGGAGGAAAGAUAUGACAAAGACCGACUGACACAGAUACCCAGAUAAUUUUAAAAUCUCCAGCCACGCUGAUCUUCUUUUAGUCUGCUUUAGUCGAUAUUAAAUCAUUUUGACCGUCAAACAAGUUCUUUAAGGAAAGGAAAAUCAAUUAUUUUCACUUGAUAGCCUAGAAGUACGGGGGACUAAGUGUUACAAUUCAAAUAGCCAAAAAGAUGUAGUUGUAAUUUAAUGGGUUUUCCUUAACUGAUUAAAACUGGAAACAAACAAGUGAAUAACUAUCCUAACACUUUUAUGCAUGAGUUGUCAUAAUCAUGCAAAAAAAAAAAAAAAAAAAAAAUGCAGAUUUUUUUUUUCAAUCUAUUUUUGACACUUUUAGUUUAAGAAAUAUGACGGCUAAACCAGUGCAGCAACACACUUUUACAUUUUCUAACAUAGUUCACUUUUAUGAGAAAAAGAAACUAACCGUAGCCUACAUAUUUCCCACCAGAACAAGACAAAAAUGAUAUCCAACAGGUAAAAAAAAAGACUUGAAUAACUGUGACCUACAAUCAUAAAACAUUAGUUAUUACAAUGUGUCAAUAAAAAUAUAUUUACAAAAAACUGUUCAAAAAAAGCUUUUAAGAUUAAUUUUAUGAUGGUUCCAUUUAUUAUUUUAUCGUCGUCUCCAGCAGUAAUUUAUUUUGUUUGUCAGCUUUGACCAUCAAAGACCAACAGUGCUCCAAUCAAUAACCCCUUUGAAAUUCUCCUAUUGUUCUGUGGGCAAAUCUACAAAAUGGAAGAUUGAUGUUGACCCACCAUUAUUUCACCUCUAAUCCACCUCAGGAGGUUGUAAUAAACCUGUAACUAUUAUGAAUUGUUAACAUGCGGCUACAAAGCAAACAUAGUGAGUGUGCACAGAACUCAG